GGAGAAUUUUUGGGAAGGGACUGGAGGAUUUUGGGAAGAGGCUGCAGAAUUCCUGAGGGAAACUGUGAAGGGGCUGGAGAAUUUCUGGGAAAUGGCUGGAGAAUUUUUGGGAAGGGGGUGGAGAAUUCCUGAGGGAAACUGGGAAGAGAAUGGAGAAUUUUUGGGAAGAGGCUGGAGGAUUUUUGGGAAGGGACUGGAGGAUUUUGGGAAGAGGCUGCAGAAUUCCUGAGGGAAACUGUGAAGGGGCUGGAGAAUUUCUGGGAAAUGGCUGGAGAAUUUUUGGGAAGGGGGUGGAGAAUUCCUGAGGGAAACUGGGAAGAGAAUGGAGAAUUUUUGGGAAGAGGCUGGAGGAUUUUUGGGAAGGGCAUGGAGAAUUCCUGAGGGAAACUGGAAAGAAGAUGGAGAAUUUCUGGGAAAUGGCUGGAGAAUUUUUGGGAAGAGGUCGGAGAAUUUUUGGGAAGUGGCUGGAGAAUUUUUGGGAAAUGGCUGGAGAAUUUUUGGGAAGGGGCUGGAGAAUUUUUGGCAGGAGUCUGGAGAAUCCUGAGGGAAACUGGGGAAGGAAACCUCGGGAACUUUUAACCCCAAUCCCCGCAAAUUCCCGAGCGUGCAAACUCCCAGCUCCGCCUGCCUGACCUCCAACCUCAACCCCAACUUACCCCGUGACAAACCCCCCGAAAAACCGACCCCAAGUCCCUACAGAACCCCGAUUUCUCCCGGUUUCCCAGAGGGUUUGAGGGAUGCCCAAGAAAUUCCAGGGGGAGAACAGCAAGUCGGCGGCGGCGCGCGCCCGCAGGGCCGAGGCCAAGGCGGCGGCGGAGGCGCGGCGGCAGCAGGAGCUGGAGGAUGAGCUCUGGAAGGACGAGGACAAACACGUCCUGAGGAAGGAGCAGAGGAAGGAGGAGCGGGAGAAGCGGCGCCUGGAGCAGCUGGAGCGCCGCAAGGAGCUGCAGCGGCUGCUGGAGGAGGAGGACUCCAAGCUCAAAGGGAAAACUCCCAAGCAGGGAAAUCCUGGGAAAAUCACCCGGGCCCAGAUCGAGGAGAACGUCCGCAAGGAGCAGAGGGAAAACACGGAUGCAGUGGAGAAGGAGAAAUCGCACCUGGAGCUGCCGCUGGAGGAGAACCUGAACCGGCGGCUGCCUGAGGAGGGCGCUGUGGAGGCGCGCAGCAUCGAGGACGCCAUCGCCGCCCUCAGCGUGUCCCAGCCCCUGGAGCGCCACCCCGAGCGCCGUCUCCGCGCCGCCUUCGCCGCCUUCGAGGAGCUGCAGCUGCCGCGGCUGCGGCGGGACAACCCCAACAUGCGGCUGAGCCAGCUGCGCCAGCUGCUCAAGAAGGAGUGGAUGAGGUCCCCCGAGAACCCCCUGAACCAGCGGCACAAACCCUACAACAGCCACCCCUAGCCGGACUGGGGUCCCCGCCAGGACCGUCCCCCCGCGGCGCUUUUGGGGUUUUUUGUGUCUCUGUCUCCCCGCCGUGGGUUUGGGGUGAGCUGCAGGUCGGACUGAUGGCGCCUUCUCCUUCCUGGAAUCGCCUGGGGAGAGCGGCUCCCGGAGGUUCCCGGCGUUGCCUCCGUGGGAUUCUGGAGUUGGCACGUGGAAAAUGCUCCCGGGGUGUGAGCCCGAAGAGAUUCCAGACCCUGGGUCUCACCUGAGAUCCCUGCUCCUGU